GACUCAUGUAUGCGGCUUGGAUCCGCGGACAGACGAGUUUAUGGGUAAUAUUUCCCAAGAUUCUUUGGCUGUUUGAUGCAGUUUGAUGCAAGGGAUCAAGAAUUUUUGGCGUCUUUUAUAACUGAUUGUUUAUCGCGUUAUGAUAUUACGUGCGGGUAAUUUUUUGGAGUUGGGUGAUUCGCGCGGAAACAGGAGGCUUCUUCUACUUUUCGCUUGGUUCUUGAUAAACUGAGUAAAGAAAAUGGCGAUUCAUCGUGUAAAAUUAGUUUACUAUAUAAGAAAUUCUGGAUAACGUUCUGGAUCCUUUGCCACUUGGAAAUAUGUACUAGUUAGUAGCGUAACUUUGUGCUCGUGCGGAUUUAUAUGAAGUCUAAUCUCGAGGUAAAGUGUUAAUAGUGGGAUUAUAGUGACUGUGUACCUGAAACUUUCGUCUUGUGUAAAUGAUGUCCUCACAGGAUGCAAAGUCAUCUGAGAAUUCUAACUUUAGACAAGAGGAUUAUGCUCUUCUACAUGGAUUGCAGGAAUCUACUGGAGACAUCUUGGAAUGCCUUUCCGUAAUGGUAAACACUGAUAAUACAAAUGCUACCGAAGUUCAAGGGUUAGUUUUGGAUGAUCAAUUGCUUGGAAAAACUAUCACUGCAAUAACUUUACCAGAUGGUACCCAAGCUUAUGUCACCGAUGAUUUUGAAGAAGAUGAAGCAGAAGGCAAGGAUGAACCGGCACUGGAGCUAGAAAAUGGUGAAACUAUCUUUCUACGAGAUUUGUCGGAAUUUGCUGAUGGAAAAACGCUUCAGUUGGAACUGGAUCCAACGACACUUAUACAAAGUCAUACUGCCACAACACAUGAUGUCGAUAGUACAUAUUCUCAAGUCCAACUCAUAAAUGGCACAGCAUAUAUGGUGUCUGGUCACGUUGACAUGGAUGAAGGUUUGUGGGAAAUUGAAGACGGAAAAUUAAAAAAGAAACAAGGUAGAAUCGUGAUAAAUAACAUACCCGAGACAAAAUCACGAAGUCAGUAUCCCUGUCCAAGAGAAGGUUGUGAAAAGGUCUACAGUACUCCGCAUCAUUUAAAAGUUCAUGAACGUUCUCACACAGGUCAGAGGCCAUACAUGUGUGUUCAUCCAAAAUGUAAAAAAAGUUUUUCGACAGGCUACAGUUUGAAGGCUCAUUGGCGCACUCAUACUGGCGAAAAACCAUAUAAAUGCCCAACUGCGUCAUGCGAUAAAAGCUUUAAAACUUCUGGGGAUCUUUUGAAACACAUUAGAACUCACACAGGCGAGCGGCCUUUUGUUUGCCCGUUCGAAGGCUGCGGCCGUUCGUUUACCACAAGCAAUAUUAGAAAGGUUCAUGUCAGAACUCACACCGGUGAACGACCGUAUAAAUGUACGCAUCCAAAAUGCGGCAAAGCUUUCGCGAGUGCGACAAAUUAUAAAAAUCACAUACGGAUUCACUCGGGCGAAAAACCUUACGCUUGUUCGAUCGAGAAUUGUGGACGUCGAUUCACAGAAUACUCUAGUCUUUACAAACAUCAUUUAGUUCAUACGCAACAGAGACCGUUUGAAUGUAAAAUAUGUUUCCGAAGAUAUCGGCAAAACAGUACAUUAAUUAUGCAUAAGAGAACUGCGCAUGCGCUUAUCGAGAACGACGACGGCGUUGACAUUUUCUUACAAGACCCUUUGGAGAUUGUUGAGGAGAAUAAAGGAAAGCGAAGAAAAAUUGUAACCAAACAAAAUAUUACCGUAGGAAAGGAUGGCCAAUUACAAAUUACGGGAAACACACAUGAACCUAAUGAAAAUGAAACGCAAAUACUAUUUGUUGGAGAUCCUUCGCAAAUAGCCGCCUUGCAGCAAAUGGGACUGGAAGAAGGAUACGAUGAUGGAGAAAUAGACACAUCAUUGGAGGCAUUGAACAUAAAAAUCGAGGACAUAGAAUUUGGUUGGAACUAGAAAUCCCCUAUUAACAGUCGUCAGAAGUCUUGUCCUUUAUCAGUAUAAAAUCAUUGCCCGCCGGUGUUAAUAUUGCAAAGAAUAACAAAUAAAAGUUUCAAAUCCAAA